AUGAGCGCACGAGGUGAAGGCACGGGGCAGCAGUCCACUUCAACCCAGGGACAACCUGCCGCCCCAGCGCCUCAGAAGAGAGGACGCGGCCGACCCAGGAAACAGCAGCAAGAGCCAACUGGUGAGCCCUCUCCGAAGAGACCCAGGGGAAGACCUAAAGGAAGCAAAAACAAGAGUCCCUCGAAAGCAGCUCAAAAGAAAACAGAAGCCACUGGAGAAAAACGGCCAAGAGGCAGACCUAGGAAAUGGGUGAGAUCUCAGAAUCUGGAUUCAGAUGACUGGGGUUCACAUUCUAGUCUUACCACUUGA